AUGAUCUCUCUACUCACCAUCAUCAGCGCUCUGAUCAUAUCCUACUCCUCCACCUUCCUCUACAACCUGAUCCGCAACCUCACCAAUGCCCGCAAAUCCGGCAUGCCAUACUUCAUCGUCCCAUGGGACCAAAACCACUUCCUCUGGAUGAUCUCCUCAGUCCCCCUGCGUCCACAUCUGAAGAAAUACCUCCCGAAAUGGAUCUACAGCCGCCUCUCCCUCACCAUCUACGGCUUCGAAUUCCACGAAGGCCUCCGCCCCUUCAAAGAAUACGCCGCACCCCAAGGCGACCCCAACAAUCUGGUCAUGGUCACGACCGGACAAUACGAGCUCUCGACCCGGGAUCCGGAAGUGGCCACGGAGAUUCUGAAGAGGCCGAGAGAUUUCGUGCCGCAUGAUUUCACUACAUUAUUCAUGUCGAGGUUUGGGCACAAUGUUCUAACGUCGGAUGGAGAUUCGUGGGCGCGGCAGAGGAAAGUUGUGGCGAGUACGAUUAAUGAGAGGAUUUCGAGGACGGUGUUUCGGGAGAGUGUUGAGCAGACGCAGGGGUUGCUGGGGGAGGUUGUGGGGGAGGGGGAGGAGGGGGAGACGGGGAGGUUGUUUGAUAUGAUGAAGAAGAUCACGAUUAAUGUUCUGUCGGGAGCUGGCAUGGGGUCUAGUGUGCCGUGGAGCGAUGAGGAGAAUGCCAAUGUAAAGCCGAAGGAAGGGUUUAGACUGACGUAUAUGGAAGCCGUCAAGGUGGUCAUCGAGAGUAUUGCUGGACCGAUCAUCCUGCCGAAGUGGUUCUUGGACAACUACCCAAGUAUCCUACCCGGCCAGAAAUUCCUGAAAAGUCUAAGCUACGCCAUCGACGAGUUCCCAAUCCACACCAACGACCUCCUCGCCCAAGAAAAGCAACGAACAGUCGACGCCGGCGACCAAUCGCGAAGCAAUAUUAUGAGCCAACUCCUCCAAGCCUCCGAGGGCGAAAAGGGAAGCAGCAAAGCCCUCGCCGACGACGAAAUCCUCGGCAACCUCUUCAUCUUCACAGCCGCCGGCUUCGACACGACCGCCAACACCCUCUCCUACGCCCUCGUCCUCCUCGCCCGCUACCCACAAUGGCAACGCUGGCUCUUCUCAGAAAUCGACAAAAUCAUGCCCGCAGAUCCCACCGCAGAACUCGACUACAGCGCCAUAUUCCCGCAAGCCACGCGCAUCCUCGCUGUAAUGCUGGAGACGCUGCGGCUCUACUCGCCAGUAAUUCAUCUCGCGAAAAUGACCAGAACGGCCCAAACUAUCACCACCUCGAAGGGAUCCUUGUGGAUCCCCGCGAAUUCGACCGUCUACGUGAGUGUCUGUGGCGUUCACACUGAUCCAGAGAUAUGGCGGAACCUCAACCUCAGUCCCGCCGAAUCGCCCAGCGAUAGGGAUGAAUACCUCUUCCGGCCUACGCGCUGGUUCAACAACAACAACAACAACAACAACAACAACAACAACAACAACACCGACGACGACGACGACGACAGUAAUCUGCAGCUCUUCCAGCCACCCAGGGGAUCCUUCAUACCCUGGUCAGCAGGUCCGCGGGUCUGUCCGGGCCAGAAGAUGGCGCAGGUGGAGUUUGUGUCGAUUUUCCUGUCGCUGUUUAGAAAGCAUGAGAUUGCCGCUGUUCCGCUGAAACUUGGCGCGGAGGGUAAAGUUGAGAGUCAAGCGCAGGUUGAAACACGACUUGAUGCGAGGAUCAGGGAUAGUGUUAGUAUUCUGACGCUGCAGAUGAAUGAUGUGUAUAAUGUGCCGGAGGGGAGUGGGAAGGGUUUGAAGUUGAAGUUGAGGAGACGGAAGUGA